GUGGGGCGGGCGUGGCGAAGGCCAUGGCGCCGUCCAACUUGCUGCGGCUGGUCGGCUUCGACCCCAUCUUCGCGUCCACGGCGGUGCGCCUGUCGGAGCUGGCCCUUGCAGCUCCCGCGGCGGACGCGCUGAUCCUGGUGGGCACCAAGCCGACGGGUGCGAAGAAGCUGGGAGCGUAUAGGCAGGGCGUCAAGCGGAUCGCUAGCUGGUGGAAGGCGAUGUUACAUGACAUUCCGCAGAGAACAGCACCGUGCUUCUUCGCGGACGCGAACGACGGGAUCGGCAUUGCCAAGAUGGACGGGGUAUGGCAGGUCGCACACUCAGGUGGAGCGGGGGAACUCAUACGGCAAGUUUUGGAUGAGCCGUACAUGGCAGCACCAACAAUUUUCAACGACAAGCUGGAGCCAACGUACUACGCGAGCGGACGAGAUGGACGACCAGGAGGACGCAGCACGAUCGAUUACUUCUACGUGCUCCAGGGCUACUCAGAUCGGGUCGAGAAGGUGCGCGUGCUGAGGGGCAUGGGAGCGAGAGUACAGGCAGUAAAUGGCAUACCGCCGAGGGGCCACUUGCCGAUGCUGAUGGAGACCAGCUACCAGAAAUACACGAGAGAGGACACCCCCCAGGACAACGACAACCUGAAGUGCGUCAUGAAUGCGAUGAUGAAUGUCGUGGCCCAUGGUAUAGGCAAAGCCGAGUUUCUCUCUGAGCUCGCGCAGAAGCUGGGGGAGCACGAGGGGCACUUCAGGGACCAUGCGGAAGAUGGGGCGCCAGACAACUACUUCGAGCUGCUGGAACGGAUCAUGGUCGAGGUCGGAGGGAGACACUUCGCGCCUGCGGCUAGCAGGCGGGACUACCGUGGACACAACGCAGAAAGGCGCGAACUCCUUCGACAGCGGGCGGAGCUGCGGGCGCGCAGGACGACAAUCAAGGAGGGCGAAGAUGUCGACCACCAGCUUCGGGACAUCGGGGGCCAGCUGAAAGAGCCCUCGGCCCGGGCUGCAGGCGCGCAGGCGACGGAGGAGUUGAGCGAUCUCGCCGACAAGGACGCGGGGAGCAUUGCGCGCUACGUCCGCAAGGCGCCGAAGAGGAAGGUGGUUCCGCCUGGGGCAUCUCCCAUUGAGCUGUGGGACCUGGCCCUGGGCGCGCGGAAGGAGACCGCGAGGCAGAAGCACGGCGCAGGCUUCGAGGAGGGGCAGGGCGACCAGUUGCUCAUCUGGAACGUGCUCUUCCACGGGCUGCUGCUGAUCCGCAGGACGGACUUUGCCCCGCUGUACUGGCGCAGGCGCCAUUUUGGCAUCUCAAGUGCUCAGCUGGACAUGAAGGACUUGCAGACUGCCUUCGGGUCGGUGAGCUGGAUGGCGCCGGACACGGCGGCGGAGCAGAACGCGGGCGGGCAGGAUGAGGAGCUGCGCGGGCAGAGGUGCAGGAACAUGGCGGUGGAUUUGCCGACGCCAGAGGGGGGCCACGCGGUCAAGAUCGGGGGCGGACUCAUGAUGGGGGGCCCCUUCAGCGUCGACGCCUUCUCCGCGGCCUCCGCGGAGCCGGCGCAGAAGUGGUCGCGGCGCCUCCGAGAAUUACAUCCAGAAGCCAACCUGGUGAUAUGCGGGUGGGGGGGCAUGCCAGACAUCGACUUGGGCGUCCGCCAGUGCGCGGACGACCUCAGUCGACACCAGCUGCCGGCCAGUUGGGCGACGAUGAAGGACGCAGCGAAGAUCCCCGGGCAGGCGGGCGAUGCGCUGGGCAGGGGGCUGGCCGCGGCGGUAAUGCGGCAGAACAGGGAGAAACAGGUGGCGAGCUUCUGGAUCCAAGGAAGUUGCUCGACGGCGCGCGCGCGAUGGCUGAAGGGGCAUGGCAAGGGCGCGGGCGGGAUUCAGGGGGAGCUGAACGACGUCGCGAGGUACCUGGGCCCCCGCGUCUCCCCGAAGGUUCUGGCCCACUGGCGCGUAAGCGACGCGAAGGCCGAGUUGCUCGUCAGGAGGCUGAAGUGGUACCAGAGUUGGGCUCGGCGACCGUGGCAUCCUGUUCAACUGCUGCCAGCCCUGUUUGCUGAUCUACCUGGGGUUCGCGCCGAGCCUCCGUGCGCGGAGGGGGGCCUGUCGGAGUCAGCAUCGCCGUGGGCUGGGCGCGUGGGGGUGGACAUCUUAGCGGCGGUCAACUCCAUGGAGGACGAAGCGGAGGUGCUGCGUGAGCCGGGAAAGGCACCGUGGAAGCUGGAAGCGGACCGUGACCUGACGAAGCAGUUCUUGCGGAUGGAGUUCGCGAUGGCGAGGGCCAAGCAGCGCGCCUUGCGCGCGCCGCCGCUUACGAGUACACGCGUGUCGCCACAGGGCCAGCGACGGGGGCAGGCGCUGGAGCGGGAGGGGGGCCCCAUCAGGGACAUCUACGUGUGCGAGGUGCCCAACUGGCUGAAGCGCGGCGCGGAGGAGGCGGAAGCCCCUGGCUCGGACAAGCCCCAGGACAAGAGACAGAAGCAGCAGGAUGCCAAAGGCGGAAGCGGAGGCGGCAAGGGCAACCGCAGUGACAUCGCGGACCUGUGCAAGGCGACGGCGAAGCUCUCCAUGGCAACGGCCAGGCAGGUGGCGGCGCUGGAGGCGCGCUCCUACGACGGUCAGCGAGGCAUGCUGGGCGCCGAGCUCGCGAAGGGCGGACGGGAGUGCGACAAGGGGGGCUACGAGUUGAAGGCGAGGCAGGUCAAGGGCGAGGAUGUGGACUUCAAGGAGAGCCAGGAGGACAAGGAGAGGAAGUACGGGGUGCUGUCGAUGGCCUUCAGCAGAGUCGGAAUGGGCGACGCAACGGGCAAGGCGACCUGGGCGUCCGUGAAGAGCCUGGAGACGGACGCGGAGUUGAGGGGCGCGGCCCCUCACGGGCCGCUGGAGCGCGAGACGCCCAGGUGCCUGGCCGCCGCGGCGAGGAAGAAGGAUAUCCGCAUCCGGAGUCGCGCGCGCCUCGUGACCGAGACCGAUGGCGGAGUCAGGGCCGUCACUAACGUGAAAGGGUACGCGUUGUACGCUUUGUUUCUGAUAGCCUUGGGCAUUAGCUCCUUGCUGCUCAGCGUCGCGAGCCGCGGCGUGGGCCCAGAAGGAGGAGCUAGAGCACUCCAGCUAAAUAUCGAGAAGCUAGAGUAUCAAACGAACAUGCCGAACAACACGAUGGAGCAAGAUCCGACCAGGUUAAAAGUGGCGAUGUCCAAUGAACACUCGGUGAUUGACACCCAU